AUGAGAUUAGGACAUCUGAGUUUGCUGGCCUUGGCUCCCUUGAGCGUGGCUCGAGAGCUUUCCCUAAUUGCAAGGCAAACAACAUCCGGUCAACAAGUGAGCUUGGGAGCUUUCGACUAUGACGAGCAAGCAAACACCGUUGCAAGAGUUAGUGGGACUCCGGGGAAUCUACAAAUACAGGGAGCCGUUUGCGUCGACGCAUCUUUUGACCAAGGAGCAGUCGAAUUUCCUUGUUUCUCAUUUUUAGAGCUGCAAGAUCCGUUACAUUACUCUCUUAUUCUAGAAUUGCAUGAUAAGGAAAUAAGUAAGCUUUCUUUGGUCUACGAUCCAGAAGUGGAUGGUGUAACUCCCGCCAUCAGGCGACCAGAAGCUGGACCAGAGGCGCCAGCCAUCAAGCUAAAGAAGAUCACGAAGACCUACCGGGAUAAAAGAGCGGCUAAAAACGCUGCCACAGCUCAAUAUGAGGACAAUGAAGAAGUAGAUACCAGAUCAUGGAUGCAGAAGAAUUGGAAGAUGCUUGUGAUCGGACUUGUAGCAUACAAUAUAAUCGCUAUCACAGGAAGACAACAGCAAAGGCAAGAGUGA